AUGCCACCAAGAUCCAAAAAGGUUAAGACUACUGCACCAAACCACCAUACUCAAGCACUGAUUGGAAACCAUGUGGAAAUGAGACCACUUAAUCCAGAUGACCCUGAGUUCAAAGAUGAGGAGAACGAUGUAUCCUUUUCUGUUCAGCCAGAGGUUAUUAUUCCUUGUUUUGAGGCUAUCACAACUAGCUUAGUCGAGAACCUUCACCUGGAAGUCUGGAAAGAGUUCGAUAUUCUAUCGUACUGGGGACAUAUUGAAAUGCUCGGGGGGUUAAAAGCAGUAGUUUCGGAAACCCUCAGAUGUAUCCAUCCAAAAAUCAGGUCUCUUGAAGGCAAGAGAGUCACCCCUCAGACUGAUCCUGCACACUGGCCAGCCCACAGCGGGUACCUAAGUUACGUCAAGGAUCUGAGAAACAGCCAAUACUGGCGCGCUUAUGUCGGUCAAUCGUCGAAACCCGCUCAUCGCAUAAAACAGCAUAUGGAUGCAUAUUUCAAACGGGAUCAGUCUACUUUACAUUAUUAUAUCCUUUCUAAAGCACGAAGUCACAGAUCAAUGGGUUUCAUUCCUCUCUGGAGUAUACCUUUGAGUGAUUCCGACGAAAGCGAAACUUGCCGGCAUCUGCUUCUGAGUAAUGUCCUUGAGAUGGUUAUGUGUCGAGCGUUUCAGACUUUGUCAAAUGCUGCACUGCAGAAAUUUUUUGGAGAUGCGGACAAAUCAGAAUAUGCGAAUGUAGGCCUCAAUAUUCUUCCACCCCUACUCCAAGGACUUGAAGUUAGUUUCGAAGAUUCUCCCGACCCGCAAGUUCAACAAUGGCCCAAAGUCAGGCAGGAACAGCUGCAUUCAUUUAUAAGAUCUUCAAAUAAUCUAGAACGCCGUAUCCAACGGAAAGUCAAUGGAGAUUACUACAAAAUCGCUCUGGCAAAAGCAAUUGAAGGAUACGAUUUGCCCAAUCCUAUUCAAGAUUUUGCAGAGAUUAAUUUGGUUUCAUCACAGCCUGAAGACAUGCAUGCAUUUCUAUCUAACAGCGCUGCUUUGAUUGAAAGCGCACUUGAAGACCAAGUUAUCCGAUCAGUCCAUUCCAAACUUAUCCAGAAGUCUAACCUUCGCGUGAUCCUACUGUGCGGUCUAAAUGCCGAAAGGAGCAUUGUGUCUCCUGGACUAUCUCCUAUUAAAAUCGAACUUCAAGGGUAUUCCUACUCUGCUUAUAUUGAAUUAAAGGAGACUGGGGCUGAAAUCAAACGACUAUAUGUACGGUUACCGUUUUCAUUGACUUCCUUACGUUCCACAAACUGGAGGCAAUGCAUGCAAUUUGGCGAAUUGUUGAGAUUCGUAACAGUAAUUCUGGAUACAAAGGAGAUCCGGGGCUAUUCUAUGGCAAACCAAUCUGUAUAUCGCUUUAUCAUUACGCAAUAUGCUGAUGAGCGGGACUCAAAAUGCGAUCCAAUGACUAUUGGAACCCUUGACCCAAUUCUCCUCGAUUGGCUUGCAUUGAAAGGAAUAGUUCAUCAAGAUGCUAUUCUAGAAUUUGCAAAACUCGGUGGAAGUAUGAUCCGUGGCAUUCUACUACUAUUAGUGAGCCUUCCUAGGAAACCAAAGGGAACAUAUCCGUGUUCGAAGCGGGAGCUUUAUCAAGGACAUGAGACUCGUAUCCCACUCUUCAGCCUAGAGCAACUAGAAAGAUCUAGGAGGCUCUACAGAAAAACACGCGUGUCGCUGCAUAGUAGCGAAAAAUCUAAUUCAUUGAGCUCUGGUAGUCAACCCGACAGCACUCAACUCAACAACGCUGGACUCGAGGACGCCGAACUUGAUGACGCCUUGAUGCGCUCUCAGAAGCUUGAUGAGAUCUUAAAGGAACCGGCGCUUCUUGACGAUGUCUUGAAAGAAGACGUGUUUGAGGACCUUGAAGAAUAUAAUGUUGAAUCUUUACUGCAGAAUCAAGCAAGUGCAGCCUUCUCUGAUGAUCAAGAUCCUGAUGAUGAAGGAGCGGAUGAUCCCAGGAGCCUCUACUAUCGACCGAGAAUAAGUCUCAAUGCAAUGAAGGAACUAUUGAAUGGCCGAUUUUACAAGGGAAAAAAUUGCAUAAGACCACCCAAUACUUUCCAAAUCAAUGUCUGGGAAGUAAAUUUGAUUAUAUCCAAUCAAGAUAAAGACAUCGAUUUUGAUCGAGGGUUCGUGGUCACUAUGGAUAUUAGCCCUCCUGGCAUCCGGAACCCAAAUGUUUACGUCGCAACAGCUCUAGAUAGCGAUCCAGCUUCAAGAGUUGCUUUUAAUGUCACUGCGACCAGCAAUUCAGGAGAACGGAUAUCAAUAUACCCGCAAAGCACUAAAAGGAAUAAAAAGGAGAUCUUCCAAAAUUAA